AAUUACAACUUCAACAUGAUCGUAAUGUUGUAAAUAAUAAAAAAAGAGUAACAUUAUUAAAUCAACAAAUUAAAGAUAGAGAUAAGAAUAUAAAUGAUUUAAAGCAAUUAUUAUCAACAAUGUCAUCAUCGCCAUCAAAUCCAUCAACAACAUCAACAAUAUCAACAACAUCAACAAUAUCAACAACAACACCACCAUCAACAAAAACAACAUCAACAGAAAUGCCAUAUAUAUUUUCAUCAGUAGGAACAUCACAUAUAUUUAAAAAUCAGAAGUCGAUUCAGUUUUCACAAGAUCUUUCUGAAUUGCAAGAUAAAAUUCAGAGUUAUAUUACAAAUUUAAGAACUACAAUUGCAGAGCUUGAUUAUAACAAUAUAAAUAAUCUUUUAAUAAAAUAUGAUUAUGUAACUGGAGCCAAAGAAAUACAAAGGAACAAACCAUUGGUUAAGGCUUUAUUGCAAAGAGCAGUUUUUGACAAGUUGAUUGAAUUAUUGAAAGAUUUUGGAA